AUGGCACUGCGAGUCCUUGUCACCAUCCUACUGGCUACAUUAUUCAUCAGUCAAGCCUUCCUAAUUGAUAGCAGCGACGAUCUGAACAAUCUUGUUGACUACCCGAUGUCGAAGAGGAACUUCGAGCAUAUUUGGCGCAAUAUCCAGAUGCAGAUGCCAGGAAACCACAAGAGAACUGAGUCGUUAACGAGAGCUCGAGCAAACGCAUAUUAUCGUCUCGGAUGA